UGGCGUCACUGGUUGCAUAACUUCACUUGUUGUUGAUUUUGUGACAUAUGUUUUUGUUUUGAGGGUAAAAAAACCCUUGAAUGUUUAUAAUAAAAGCAUGUGACAAUAAGUUUGUGUUUGGAGCGACUAUGACUGCAAAUUAGAUGAUUUCCCGUUGGUGUUAAUCACUCAUUAUGUCAAAUUUGGCUGCAAAAACGAGCAAUAAUGACGACAAAAUUGAAGAAUACGUUUGGGAAAAUUUCGAGAACUGGAUUCAGUGCAUUUGCGUUGUUAAUUUUGACUUAGAACUGGGACAAGCCUUGGAGGGGAUUUAUCCGCGACAUGUCACUCUGACCAAGCAGGAAAUUUCAAAUAUUUGCUACCUGGCGUUCCCCGACUCCAAUUCGGGAUGUAUGGGGGACACCACCUUCAUCAUCAGGCUUCCAAACAGCCCAGGAAAAAACACGCGCCGGGAUGAACACUUGCAAUACAACAAGAAGUGUGCCCCAGUUUUGCAAAUACACUCGUCGUAUUACUGGGGAUACGUUUAUUUUAGACAAGUUAAGGAUGUUUCGUUGCCUCGGGGCUACUUCCAAAAGAGCGUUGUCAUCUUAACUCGUCUACCUUUCAACAACCUAUUUAUGAAAAUCUGUGAUUUGUUAGCCCCUGAAUAUUUCGAGCACGGUGAACUUAGCCUGGAAGCUGCGUGUUGUAAUAUAGAGCGGUGGCCUCCUCCAUCUCCUGGAGUAAUGCUCAAUCUUCCGUUGUUAGGUUUAGUUUUUCAAGUCUAUAUUCCUCAGUCUAACAGUAAUUCCCCCAAUUGGCAAAUGGCCGCAUUAACAGAAACCACCGAAAAUCAGAUUCAGACUUCUGUCGAAGAUUUAAAUUGUUUCGAGAUUUUGCAGCCAGUUUUGUCACACAUUCACCUCUUGUGGGAAUUAAUCCUCACGUCAGAGCCUUUAGUGGUGAUGGCUACGUCUCCCACCCAUUGUUCUUCUAUGGUGUUAGCUUUAACAAGAAUAAUUUCCCCGCUGAAGUUUUGUGGCGAUUACCGGCCGUACUUUACGAUUCACGACAGCGAGUUUAAGCAAUUUACGAGUAAAGUGCAAGGACCCCCGCCUGUAGUGUUGGGUGUAACAAACCCGUUUUUUGGGAAAAUAUUGCAUCACUGGCCUCACACGAUACGCUUAGGGAAUGAUUUAGGGUCAAGUCAAAAGUUCAAGCUGAAAAAGAACGUGAAUUCGAAAAUGUUGGACAACAGUCCGGGGAUAUACACAGUGUAUAAGCCGUUCUUGCAGAAGGAUAAAAAUAUUAUUAAAAAGUUGAUUUCGGGGGUGACUUCGCGACGGCCGUUUGAAGUUCAGUCGGCCUUAUUAAGAAGACAUCUUCUGGAGCUUACACAAAGCUUUAUUAUACCGUUAGAACGAUAUAUUGCUAGUCUAAUGCCACUACAGAAAAACAUAUCACCGUUUAAGGCAGCGCCAACUCCUCUGCCGUUUAAUCCCGACGAUUUUAUAGCCACGUUGGAAACAGCCGGGCCUCAGCUCACAACAGGGAUUAAAGGCGACUGGGUUGGCUUGUACCGGAAAUUUUUUAGAUCGCCCAACUUUAACGGGUGGUUUAAUAUGAGGUAUACUGACUUGGCGCUGAAGUUGCAAGCCUUGCAUCUUGAAGCGCUUUCCAAUGCCGAUUUGAAAGACUGGGUACAGGGUAAACCAGAAGUUGAAGUUGUUGACAUGAUGUUAAAAAUUAGAGACAAAAUCACGAAAUGUCGCGAAGUUAACAUACCCGUUGACGAUAAAGUAAAGGAGAAGUUGAAUCAAAGACUACAAGAUAUUAUUAGCUCUCUCCCUGAUGAUUUGAAAAACGUUUUCCAAGUUACAUGAUGCAAAUUAUUUUUCCCAGUUGGUAAAUAUGUACAUAAUUAGUGGAGUGGAGAUGUUUAGUUUUAUUUUAUUGCGAGUGCAUUCUGUAUUUCUUUGUUUCAAUUAAAAUUGUAUUAUUGAUAGACGAUAGUUUCCAUGAUGUAACUGCUAUCAGUGCAAGGGAGAAUUUGUUGGUUUGUAUUAUAAGUAAUUUGUGUGGCAUUCAAAAACUGUUGGAUGUUGCAUUAUUUUUUUACUGUUUUAUAUACAAUCCAAAUUUUAUAACUUGUUGAUCAAAAAAGAAACAAACUAGUAAGUAUGUUCCUGCUUAUCUUGCAUUUAUCGUUUGUAGUGUGAAGAACAAUUCAAAUUACAACUGUUGGUGCAAAUUUAAAAAUUCGCGUCUCAGGGUUUGCACAACAGUUUUAAAUUAAAUUAAGAAUGUGCCAAAAUGGCCUUAACUGCCAGUCAAUUUCCAUCCGAUUAUAAUUGUGAGAUAUCUGAAGUUAAACUAAGUCCCUUUCUGUCAAUUAUGUUUAAUAGUUUAGAAGAGAUUAUAAUGUAUAGGUCACGUAGACGGUUUUGGUUAGUUGCCAAAAGAACAAAGCCUUAAUUAACAGCAAUAAACUUUUUUAAAAAGGUUUAUUUACUUCCAGUUUUAAACGUAAUAACGAGGCCAAGAUGUGUAAAAUUAGUUUCACCGUAGUCGCAUUUUGCACGCUGCAGUAAGCAAGGUACUCAACGUAAUUUAUAAACUAGUUCAAUUGUAGAGAUAUUGGACAUUGAUUUAACGGCUCAUUUCAAAUGUCCAUCCAUAAAAGUGUGAAGAUGACGGUCACACAUACUAUAGUUUUGAUAUUUUUAUAAAUGUUCCCGUUUUCGUUAUUGUACAUAACAUUUUAUGCGUUCAACACCCACUGAUGAUUACUUAUAGCUGCGUUCAUUUAUUCAUUCAAUAUAUCAUAAACUGUGUACUUUACAUCCAUUUCCCUGUGUUACAAAGUACAGAUGUAUUGUAAUGACUUGUAAUAUUAUUUGAUCAGUAAAAGUUAUGAAAAGCU